AUGGCGCUGACGCCCCGGAGGGGGCCCUCGGCGGGGCUUGUCCGGCCCGAGCUCUGGCUGCUGCUGUGGGCAGCCGCCUGGCGCCUAGGUGCCACCGCGUGCCCCGCCCUCUGCACCUGCACCGGCACCACGGUGGACUGCCACGGCACGGGGCUGCAGGCCAUCCCGAAGAACAUCCCACGGAACACGGAGCGCCUGGAACUCAAUGGGAACAAUAUCACUCGGAUCCACAAAAACGACUUCGCGGGGCUCAAGCAGCUUCGGGUGCUGCAGCUGAUGGAGAACCAGAUUGGAGUGGUGGAGCGGGGGGCUUUUGACGACAUGAAGGAGCUGGAGCGGUUACGACUGAACCGGAACCAGCUGCACAUGUUACCAGAACUGCUGUUCCAGAAUAACCAGGCUCUGUCGAGGCUGGACCUGAGUGAGAACACAAUCCAGGCCAUCCCCAGAAAAGCUUUUCGUGGAGCUACAGACCUCAAAAAUUUACAGCUGGACAAGAACCAGAUCAGCUGCAUCGAGGAAGGGGCCUUCCGGGCUCUGCGGGGGCUGGAGGUGCUGACCCUGAACAACAACAACAUCACCACCAUCCCCGUGUCCAGCUUCAACCACAUGCCCAAGCUGCGGACCUUCCGCCUGCACUCCAAUCACCUGUUCUGCGACUGUCACCUGGCCUGGCUCUCACAGUGGCUCAGGCAGAGGCCAACCAUCGGGCUCUUCACCCAGUGCUCGGGCCCCGCCAGCCUGCGUGGCCUCAAUGUGGCCGAGGUCCAGAAGAGUGAGUUCAGCUGCUCAGGCCAAGGGGAGGCGGGCCGCGUGCCUUCCUGCACCCUCUCCUCCGGCUCCUGCCCCGCCAUGUGCACCUGCAGCAAUGGCAUUGUGGACUGUCGUGGCAAAGGCCUCACGGCCAUCCCUGCCAACCUGCCUGACACCAUGACGGAGAUCCGCCUGGAGCUCAAUGGGAUCAAGUCCAUCCCCCCAGGAGCCUUCUCUCCCUACAGAAAGCUGCGGAGGAUAGACCUGAGCAACAACCAGAUCGCAGAGAUCGCGCCUGACGCCUUCCAGGGCCUCCGCUCCCUGAACUCGCUGGUCCUGUAUGGGAACAAGAUCACAGACCUCCCCCGGGGUGUGUUUGGAGGCCUGUACACCCUACAGCUCCUGCUCUUGAACGCCAACAAGAUCAACUGUGUCCGGCCCGAUGCCUUCCAGGAUCUGCAGAACCUCUCACUUCUCUCCCUGUAUGACAACAAGAUCCAGAGCCUCGCCAAGGGCACCUUCACCUCCCUGCGGGCCAUCCAGACCCUGCAUCUGGCACAGAACCCUUUCAUCUGUGACUGUAACCUCAAGUGGCUGGCAGACUUCCUGCGCACCAACCCCAUCGAGACGAGCGGGGCCCGCUGCGCCAGCCCCCGGCGCCUCGCCAACAAGCGCAUCGGGCAGAUCAAGAGCAAGAAGUUCCGCUGCUCAGCCAAAGAGCAGUACUUCAUUCCAGGCACGGAGGACUACCAGCUGAACAGCGAGUGCAACAGCGACGCCAUCUGUCCGCCCAAGUGCCGCUGUGAGGCCAGCCUGGCGGAGUGCUCCAGCCUGAAGCUCACCAAGAUCCCCGAGCGCAUCCCCCAGUCCACGGCCGAGCUACGAUUAAACAACAAUGAGAUUUCCAUCCUGGAGGCCACUGGGAUAUUUAAAAAACUCACUCAUCUGAAGAAGAUCAAUCUGAGCAACAACAAGGUGUCAGAAAUCGAAGAUGGGGCCUUCGAGGGCGCAGCCUCUGUGAGCGAGCUGCACCUGACUGCCAACCAGCUGGAGUCCAUCCGGAGCGGCAUGUUCCGAGGCCUGGACAGCUUGAGGACCCUGAUGCUGAGGAACAACCGCAUCAGCUGCAUCCACAAUGACAGCUUCACGGGCCUGCGCAAUGUCCGCCUCCUCUCACUCUACGACAACCAGAUCGCUACCAUCUCCCCGGGGGCCUUCGACACCCUCCAGGCCCUCUCCACGCUAAACCUUCUGGCCAACCCUUUCAACUGCAACUGCCAGCUGGCCUGGCUGGGCGACUGGCUGCGGAGGAGGAAGAUCGUGACCGGGAACCCGCGGUGCCAGAACCCGGACUUCUUGCGGCAGAUCCCCCUGCAGGACGUGGCCUUCCCCGACUUCAGGUGUGAGGAAGGCCAGGAGGAGGGGGGCUGCCUGCCCCGCCCACAGUGCCCCCAGGAAUGUGCCUGUCUGGAUACCGUAGUCCGAUGCAGCAACAAGCACCUCCAGGUCCUGCCCAAAGGCAUCCCCAAGAACGUCACGGAACUCUACUUGGACGGGAACCAGUUCACACUGGUUCCAGGACAGCUGUCCACCUUCAAGUACCUGCAGCUUGUGGACUUGAGUAACAACAAGAUCAGUUCCUUAAGCAAUUCCUCCUUCACCAACAUGAGCCAGCUGACCACUCUGAUCCUCAGCUACAAUGCCCUCCAGUGCAUCCCUCCUCUCGCCUUCCAGGGCCUGCACUCCCUGCGCCUGCUGUCCCUGCAUGGCAAUGACAUCUCCACCCUCCCAGAGGGCAUCUUCACAGACGUGACCUCCCUGUCUCACCUGGCCAUCGGGGCCAACCCUCUGUACUGCGACUGCCGCCUCCGCUGGCUGUCUGGCUGGGUGAAGACCGGCUAUAAGGAACCGGGCAUUGCCCGCUGUGCGGGGCCCCCGGACAUGGAGGGCAAGCUGCUCCUCACCACGCCUGCCAAGAAGUUUGAAUGCCAAGGUCCCCCCGCCCUGGCUGUCCAGGCCAAGUGUGAUCCCUGCUUGUCCAGCCCGUGCCAGAACCAGGGCACCUGCCAUAAUGACCCCCUUGAGGUGUACAGGUGUGCCUGCUCCAGCGGCUACAAGGGCCGAAACUGCGAGGUGUCCCUGGACAGCUGUUCCAGCGGCCCCUGUGGCCACGGCGGGACCUGCCGCUCGCAGGAGGGCGAGAAUGCCGGGUUCAUGUGCUCCUGUCCCACCGGCUUUGAAGGACCAACCUGUGAGGUGAAUACGGACGACUGCGUGGAGCACCCCUGUGCCAACGGGGGUGUCUGUGUGGACGGCGUGGGCAACUAUAGCUGCCGGUGUCCCCUGCAGUACACGGGUAAGGCCUGUGAGCAGCUGGUGGACUUCUGCUCCCCGGAUUUGAACCCAUGUCAGCACGAGGCCCAGUGUGUGGGGACUCCAGACGGGCCCAGGUGUGAGUGUGCACCAGGUUACGCAGGUGACAACUGCAGCGAGAACCAGGAUGACUGCAGGGACCACCGCUGCCGGCACGGGGCCCAGUGUGUGGACGAAGUCAACAGCUACUCUUGCCUCUGUGCGGAGGGCUACAGCGGGCAGUUCUGUGAGGCUCCUCCCGCCCCCAGAAGCCCCUGCGAGGGGACUGAGUGCCAGAACGGGGCCAACUGCGUGGACCAGGGCAGUGGGCCUGUGUGCCAGUGCCUCCCAGGCUUCGGCGGCCCCGAGUGCGAGAAGCUGCUCAGUGUCAACUUUGUGGAUCGGGACACCUACCUGCAGUUCACCGACCUGCAGAACUGGCCCCGGGCCAACAUCACGCUGCAGGUCUCCACGGCGGAGGACAACGGGAUCUUGCUGUACAAUGGGGACAAUGACCACAUCGCAGUGGAGCUGUACCAGGGUCAUGUGCGUGUCAGCUACGACCCAGGCAGCUACCCCAGCUCUGCCAUCUACAGUGCUGAGACGAUCAACGAUGGGCAGUUCCAUACUGUUGAGCUGGUCACCUUUGACCAGAUGGUGAAUCUCUCCAUCGAUGGAGGCAGUCCCAUGACCAUGGACAAUUUUGGCAAACACUACACGCUAAACAGCGAGGCCCCCCUCUACGUGGGAGGGAUGCCAGUGGAUGUGAACUCAGCCGCCUUCCGCCUGUGGCAGAUCCUCAACGGCACCAGCUUCCAUGGUUGCAUCCGAAACCUAUACAUCAACAACGAGCUGCAGGACUUCACCAAGACUCGGAUGAAGCCGGGCGUGGUGCCAGGCUGUGAGCCCUGCCGAAAGCUCUACUGCCUCCACGGCAUCUGCCAGCCCAGGGCCGCUCCGGGGCCCGUGUGCCAUUGUGAGGCCGGCUGGGGGGGCCUGCACUGCGACCAACCAGCAGACGGCCCCUGCCAUGGCCACAAGUGUGUCCAUGGAAAAUGUGUGCCCCUCGACGCUCUUUCCUACAGCUGCCAGUGCCAGGAUGGGUACUCAGGGGCUCUGUGCAACCAGGCUGGGGCACCUGCAGACCCCUGUGGGGGCCUGCAGUGCCUGCAUGGCCACUGCCAGGCCUUGGCCACCAAGGGGGCACACUGUGUGUGUGACCCUGGCUUUUCGGGCGAGCUGUGUGAGCAAGAGUCCGAGUGCCGGGGCUCCCCUGUCCGGGACUUUCACCAGGUCCAGAGGGGCUAUGCCAUCUGCCAGACGACGCGCCCGCUGUCGUGGGUGGAGUGCCAGGGCUCAUGUCCAGGUCAGGGCUGCUGCCAGGGCCUGCGGCUGAAGCGGAGGAAGUUCACCUUUGAGUGCAGCGACGGGACCUCUUUUGCGGAGGAGGUGGAGAAGCCCACCAAGUGUGGCUGUGGCGUCUGCGCCUAG